AUGUUGAUCAUCCUCUGCCUGUUGCUGAGCUGCCUGGAUGUCACAAGACAGCAAGUGUCGCCCCGGGUACCCACAGCGAAGGUACCGUGCGCCCCGGCGCCGGCUUGUGAGCCCAGACCUCGGAGAGAUGCCGGGGGGCGAGGGGGGGUCUACGAGCACCUCGGGGGUGCACCGAGACGCAGGAGGCUGUACUGCGCCACCAAGUACCAUCUGCAGAUUCACCUCAACGGGAAAAUCGAUGGUACACUGGAGAAAAACAGCGUCUUCAGUAUAUUGGAAAUAACUGCAGUUAAUGUGGGAGUUGUGGCGAUUAAGGGCUUGUUUUCUGGCAGAUAUUUGGCGAUGAACAAGCGAGGGCGUUUGUAUGCCUCGGAAGCCUACAAUCCCGAGUGUGAGUUCGUGGAACGGAUUCACGAACUCGGGUAUAACACGUACGCGUCCCGAGCCUACAAAACCCUCCCCAACACAGCCGGGACCAAGCGCAAGCGGAGCGGCGAGAGACUGUGGUACGUGUCCAUCAAUGGCAAAGGUCGACCGAGGCGAGGCUUCAAAACGCGCAGGACUCAAAAAUCCUCCCUCUUCCUGCCGAGGGUCCUGGACAGCAAAGACCACGAGAUGGUUCGAUUAUUCCACACGAGUUCCAAGUACCGGGAAAAUCUCCUCAAACCUGCCAGCAAGUCUGAGAAAAGGAGACCAGCCCAAUAA